GCAUAACAUAUGCAUGCAUAGCAUAGCAUCCUCACACACACGUGUAUACAAUAUUUUCCCUUGGAUCAAUCGAUCUCAGCAGCCAGCCGCCAUCGAGAACAGUCAUUUUUCUUGCUUCCAGACAGACGUGCAGCCAACGACCAUCGAUCGUGCGUGCGUAGUGCUUUUUUCGACUUGCUUUUCGUGUUGGCGUCCCCUGUGAGAAGGAUGCAGAUGCAUGUAGUGGCGCCGCAACAGACAGACCAUCCAGCUGCGCAUCUGAGAGAGUGAGUGCGCGUAGUGACAGGCAAUGGACGCACUUGAGUGACGAGUAGAGGAAGACUCAUUCACCCCCACAGACACCCAACAGACGGUUUUCUUUUAAUCUAUCCAUGUGCAUGUGCAAGCGCUCUGCGCAGCCACCGCAUCAGCCACACCCCCACAACCACAACAUGCACUAUCGACAUCUGUGGCACGGAAUGCUCCGCGCCGCUUCUCACCGCGUGAGCAUACAAAUCGCAGUAAUCAUGCAACCUGAUACAAAACGACCAACCCCACACAGGGAAAUGACCACUGGGCACGGAAAUGGGUCUAGUGUUCGCUCAUUCUUACUCAGUGUCCGUCUCUCGGCCAUAGAAUGCGUUUGUCCUCGUGGCAACAGGGUUGUCCAAGGGCAGGUCGCACUCUGGCUGCGGAAGGUACGGCCCGCCCGACAGCUGCUGCUCCUCACACAACAGACUGAACAGCAGCCGAGGCCCAUCGCUGCCUGCGAAGGCAGCGCACUCGGCGUCGGACCACGCAUACCCUACACACAGAGAGAGACAUGCCACGUGUCUCUCUGUUUGUCCAUCAAUUGUGUUCAUUUCUGUAUGUGGGACGUGCCGCAUCUGCUAGCUCUGAAUUCGAGCCAUGUCUUCAGCUUGGCUGCCCUGUCGCUGUAAUCUCCAAUCAGCGGAUGGCAGUAUCGGCUGCUGCCGCCUAUCGGCCCAGGCGCACUUGGGUCCCACCAGGACUGACAAUGGAAUGACGGACGAGACAUGGUCUAUACCUACCCGCCUCGGCGUCUGUCUUACUUUGCAGCGGCACUCAGCCUUCUGUCCAAAUGGGUCGGAUGUGAGGCAUUGAGUAUCGUCAUUGUUGCAACCACGACCCACCUAGCGAACACACAUACAGGUACAACCAUGUGCCAUACGAGAUGUGUCUCCGCGCUUGUCUCUCUUCAUCCGUGCACCUGUUUGGAUCUGGCCGCUUGUGCGCACUUGCCGUUUGUGUCCAACCAUCCUUCCACACACAAAAACGGCUGUGACGAAGGCGUGCCGAGACGCAGACCGAAAAGCGGUCUGCAUCUUCCUUCCGGGUCCAUGUCUGACGCUUCCGCCAUGUUGCAGCGGAGCGAGUGGACGCACUCGCGGUCUUCCAAACACCGCUCGCCCUGAGACAGAGACACAACCAUAUGGCCAUGCCUAAGACUUGUCAGAGCAAUCAGUCUUUUACCUCUUUGCCCAAAUGAAGGCACGAAAAGGUUGGAUGACAGAACGAGUGCAGCUGCAUCGCACAAAUGGGUGUCCAUCUCUACCACAAGCACAAGAAGGUCUCCAUGGGGUCUCACCGGAUCGCAGUCAAAGUCUGUCCUGCAUCGAACAGUCCAUGGCAGGGGCUGACAGAGCCGAUUCCUGCACUGCCGACUCCCAAACGCGCAGUCAGCGUCGGACCUACACAUUCCCAGUCCGUGGUGCAUCGAUCGAGCGCCAGCGUCAGCUCACUUGCAGGGCUGGUGGACUUUCCUCAUGAGCAUGCAUCUUGGAGACACGGCUGGAGCGUGGACAAUGCGGUCUUCUGACGCAGCACACAGCCGCGUGCCUGACGGGCAGCGACCAAGAGAGCUGCACAUGCACAGCCAAGGCAGAGCGACAUCAGUUGUACACGCGGUUAACGAAGUAAUCUUCAUUGGUCUUACGUAAUUGCCUGGCACUGCAUUGUCUCUUGAUUCUCGCAAGGCUGUACUCCCCAGCAAGGGCAGCCAUAACUCGGCGCGUCGAAAGGCAGGGAGAAGAGCUCAGGUGGCCGCGGGAUGCGGGUGAUCGGCAGCAUGACGCUUGUGGUGAUGUUGCCGGGCGUGUAUGCCUCAUCAGACGAUGGGAAAGGCCGGCGGCCGCAGGUCUUAGUCGCAUCGUCCCACACACAGCCGAAUGGUGCGGCGUCGCAGUCGAUUUGAGUGAGGUAAGCGUCGCAGGGCAGCGCGCAAGAACCCUCUGCACACUGGAUGGAGAGGUCGCAGAACUCACCCAGUCCGGCUUUCUGCGGCUGGUAACGACGACACCUGAAUGCACAGAGACAGACAAGCAAGAUGAGACCGUUUGAGUGUUCCGCUUGCGUGUCUCGACCUGCACAGCGAUCCGUUGAGCGUUGCGUAUCCUCCCUCUGGCAGGGCCUUCGUCAAAGCGGUAGGUGUGAGCCAGCACUCGUCACACACGCCGUCAAGCGACUCAUCAUCAUCGUCACUACUUCCAUCACCCCCGUCAGUCGGCGGCGGGACAGGAGCAACGGUCGCGUUCUGCAAAUGAGCAGAAGGCAAGCAACUUAAGUGCGCGAUGCUCUGUACAUUGUGUCCGUGCGUCGCUGACUGUCGCAUUGCUGAUCGAGUCCGCCUGCUCGAAUGGUGGUGGCAGCAGAGGGCUGAUGAGGAGUGUCUCGAGGUCAUUGGACACGUCCACGAACGAGAGAGUCUGCGGAGUGUACACGACCAAUGACCCGUCGGCAUGCACAAGGCUGCACGACUGGCGAAAGUGGUACCGACCUGUAAUGCAUCAGAUUUGCACUGUGAUGGUUUCUCUCUUCCACGCAGUGCCACAAGUACCGUCGACGUGGAUGUGGCAGAAGGGCAGGCCAACAGAGCCCCUGACUCGGCACUCAGACACUGGACAGCUCUCGAAGAAUGAGUCCGGCACCGCGGGUGCAGGAGCUACGCUGCAGACACACGGAAAUAAGACCGAUGCCAGAUCUUUCCACGUACAGCCGGGUGCGUACGGCGGGAUGAUGAUAAGGUCGGGGAUGGUGUCGUUCGAAGGUCCAGUCACAUUGUCAGCUCCAGGAGCGUCAGUGGGAGCGGCCAUCUUUGAAUCGGACGAACUAAUAGCAAGUUGAAGUUCGUCCGUUUUAAGACGGGGGGCGUCUUCCCCGAGGCCCCAC